AACACUAAAUGCUGAAUAGUUUUCUAAUCUUCUUUUUUUCACUGUUUUUUAUGCACACCAUUUCGCACCCAAGAAAAGGACCAACCCCCGCACCAAUCCACGUGUCCGUUCCUUGUUCAUCACCGAACGCAAUCUGGCAACACAUCACCAAUAAAACAACGCCAUGUCGACACUCAAUAAAAAAAGCACCCUAAAAUCAGCCCCCACUCGGCGACACCCCGUGUUCCCGGACAGAAUCACCCAUCCCCUCUCAGUCCUAAUCACCAAACACCAAUCCCAACCAAUAACCACCAGCCGCGUGUCCCUCAAACUAUAAAAAAACCCCGUUUGCUGUUUAGUCCUCCACACCAAAGGAUCACCAAGUCAAAACCUUGUAAAAUAAAAACAAAAACGUAAACCCAGCCUUGUUACACUCUGACUAAAUCUCUUCGAUCUCUAUAAAUCUCUCUUUCUCUCUCUAAACCUCUUGUUUCUCUCUCUAAAAAACGCAUCUCUUUGACCCUCUUCGAUCCCGAUCCCAUGGGCCAGUGCCACGGCAAGAACAUCGCCGUCGCCGAGGACGGCUCGCCGGCCGGCGACCCCCGCCGGACCCCCCAGCCACCGCCCUCUAGCCGCGCCACUCCCGCCCAUCCGAGUGCUUGGCCGAGCCCUUUCCCUUUCCCUCAGGGAACCUCUUCUCCUCUCCCCACCGGCGUCUCCCCCUCCCCUGCUAGGUCAACCCCGCGCCGCUUCUUCCGCUGGCCUUUACCACCGCCGUCCCCGGCGAAGCACAUCAAAGCCUCUCUUGCGAAGCGGCAAGGGAAGCCGGCUGAGGUGCCGAUACCGGAGGAUGGAGGUGGGGGUGGAGGUGGAGGAGAGGGAGAAGCGACCUUGGAUAAGAGCUUUGGGUAUGGGAGGAACUUUGGGGCUAAGUAUGAGCUUGUGAGGGAGGUUGGGAGAGGCCAUUUCGGGCAUACUUGUUCGGCGAGGGUUAGGAAAGGAGAGCUGAAGGGUCAGCUCGUUGCUGUCAAGAUUAUUCCUAAAGCUAAGAUGACAACAGCUAUAUCGAUUGAAGAUGUCCGUAGGGAGGUCAAGAUCCUCAAAGCUUUGUCGGGGCAUAAUAAUCUGGUCAAAUUUCAUGAUGCAUGUGAGGACGCUCUUAAUGUCUACGUAAUUAUGGAAUUAUGCGAGGGUGGGGAAUUAUUAGAUCGAAUAUUAUCCAGAGGUGGAAGGUACAUGGAGGAAGAUGCAAAAACGAUUGUUGUGCAAAUAUUGAGUAUAGUUGCCUUUUGCCAUCUUCAGGGUGUUGUUCAUCGUGAUUUAAAACCAGAGAAUUUUUUGUUCAGUACUAAAGAUGAGAACUCUUCCAUGAAGAUUAUUGAUUUUGGUCUUUCUGACUUUGUAAGACCAGACGAAAGACUUAAUGACAUAGUUGGUAGUGCAUACUAUGUUGCCCCUGAGGUUCUACAUAGAGCAUACAGUAUGGAGGCAGACAUGUGGAGUAUUGGUGUUAUAACAUAUAUAUUAUUAUGUGGUAGCAGACCUUUUUGGGCACGAACAGAAUCAGGAAUUUUUCGGUCUGUACUGAGAGCGGAUCCUAACUUUGAUGACUCACCUUGGCCUUCUGUAACUUCAGAAGCUAAGGAUUUUGUUAGAAGGCUUUUGAAUAAGGACUACAGGAAAAGAAUGACUGCCGUGCAGGCUUUGACUCACCCUUGGUUGCGAGAUGAACAAAGACACAUUCCUUUAGAUAUUUUGAUUUACAAGUUAAUCAAAUCAUACAUUCGCUCCUCCCCAUUUAAACGUGCAGCAUUAAAGGCCCUUUCCAAAUCUCUCACAGAGGAUGAACUUUUUUAUCUUAGAUGCCAGUUUAAGCUGUUGGAACCCAACAGAGACGGGCGUGUUUCCCUUGAAAACUUUCGAAUGGCACUCAUGCAAAAUGCAACUGAUGCAAUGAAAGAAUCUAGGGUCCCUGACAUUUUGAAUUUGGUAAACAAUCUAAUCAUUCAAUCAAUCUUUCCAACCUUGCCUUCAAGCUCUUCAAUCAUGCAUAUUAUUUGUCCUAAUCUGUUAUGUUUUUUCCACUUUUCCGUGUUUAUCAUCCCCAACCUAAAUUUUUUCACUUCAAUAAAAAUUCUCUUGUUAUGUCCAUAUCAGUUGGAGCCACUUCACUAUCGAAAGCUCGACUUUGAGGAAUUCUGUGCUGCCGCGAUCAGCCCUUAUCAGCUUGAGGCCUUGGAAGGAUGGGAACACAUUGCAAGCAUAGCUUUUGAACACUUUGAGCGGGACGGGAACCGCGUCAUCUCCAUCGCCGAACUUGCGCAGGAAAUGAAUCUUCCUGCAACAGCUCAUUCGAUCAUGCACGAUUGGAUUCGACAAUCAGACGGUAAACUCAGCUAUCUUGGUUACAUGAAAUUCUUGCACGGUGUGACGAUUCGGAGUUCGAACACAAGACAUCACUAGUUGCAUUUUUCACAACUCAUGUAAUUGUCUCCAAUUGCAUUCACUGUAAGCUCUGUUGAUCUCUUUCUUUUUUUCUUUUGUUUUUUCUUUAAAUUUUCAUGUUUAUCUUCAUUUUUACUCUCUUUUCAGAGAAUGCAUGUAUUACCAAAAUUCAGCAAAAUGCAAGCUUUUCAAGCAAAUGUUAAUUGUUCAGCAAUAUAUUUGAGUUGGUACACACACACACACACAUUAACAAAAGAAAG